AUGCCAAACUGGGGUGGAGGCAAGAAGUGUGGCGUAUGCCAGAAAACAGUGUAUUUUGCAGAGGAAGUACAAUGUGAAGGCAACAGUUUCCACAAAUCCUGCUUUUUGUGCAUGGUUUGCAAGAAGAACUUGGAUAGCACUACGGUGGCUGUGCAUGGAGAAGAGAUCUACUGCAAGUCAUGCUAUGGGAAGAAAUAUGGACCGAAAGGCUAUGGCUAUGGACAAGGAGCUGGGACCUUAAGCAUGGACAAGGGUGAAGCAUUGGGGAUCAAACCUGAAGAAUCUCAUGCCCAUUUCCCAACCAACAAUCCUAAUGCAUCCAAGAUUGCCCAAAAGGUGGGUGGAUCUGAUGGCUGCCCUCGCUGUGGGCAGGCUGUCUAUGCUGCAGAGAAGGUGGUUGGAGCUGGAAAGUCAUGGCACAAGGCCUGCUUCCGAUGUGCAAAAUGUGGCAAAGGCCUGGAGUCUACAACUUUGGCUGAUAAAGAUGGAGAAAUCUAUUGCAAGGGUUGCUAUGCCAAGAACUUUGGACCUAAAGGCUUUGGCUUUGGCCAGGGAGCAGGAGCCCUUGUCCAUUCUCAGUGAAGAACUAGAUCCCAGCAGCUUUGAAGCAUCCUUCCCAGCCCUGAAUGCUUCGCCAGCGCUGUGUUUAUCCAAUCCAAUCCUUAGCAAGUAUAAGGCUAUCUCACCAGUUUUGUACGUAUUAGUAAUACAGUAACAACUUGCUGCUCCUUUUUGCUAGUUGGGCAAUCUUUCCAGGAGCCUUGUUCCAUGGGUCCUUUGAAACCAUACAAUGGCCCUCACUUCCCAUGGCUCAUAUUAGAAUAAUGGCCUCCUUUAACAUACAUUCAUGCUUUCAGUCUUUGUUGAUGUUUCACACAGCAGCAGAGCACAUAGCUGCUUUUGAAUAACAAAUACUGCAACAGUUGUCUUCCAAAAAAAUAUUUUCCCCAAUCUGGACCAGCAUAAAUAAUUAUUUAUGUUAGAAUAUAUUUUUUGAUACUAAAUUACACAGUAACUAUGACACUAAGUACUGUGGAAAAUAUAAGUGAUUGUUAUGUCCUAGGAUGCAAAGCUGCAAAUUAAGAAAUUGCCUAGAGGCACAAGUAAAGCACAUUCCUCAAAUUUUAGAGGCAAUAUAAAUAAAGUCUUAGCUCUUAAGUUGAACUAAAUGUUGCAUUUUCAACAGAAAAUAUAUAUUAAUCAAUAGUCACUAGUUGAGAUGCUUUUGUACAUUGGUUUGGUAGAAUUCAGUUUGAUUUUCAAAAUAUCGAAGACCAAAUUUCCAUUUUUUGAAGAUCCGUAUGCAUCUAUUUUUUUUAACGUUCCUAAAAUGUUUCUGAAUUUAGAGAUGAACAGAAUCCACAACUUUUCUAGAUUUCAUUUUUUUUAGAAAACUGGGAUUAUUGACGUCCUGUUUGUUGCUGCUUCAUUUUUGCAUUUUUCCACUUAGCUGAAUAAUUAUUGGAUUCAUAUAUUACACUAAGCUGAAGUGUGGUGUGGUUAAUUUUGGGUUGGUAUGUUGUAUAAACCCAACCAUUACCAUUUAGAAAACAUGACCUGGUGUGAUAUAUUAACCAAGCAAAAUAGCUUGUUCACUUAAAAACAAACCAUACCUUAGAUUCAGUGCCUUAGAACGAUGAGUGAAUCCCUAUUGGUAAAAUUAAAAAGAUUGGGUUGGAAUUCCUUUCUUAAACUAUGGAAAAGUAAGCAUUGUAGAUAUCCUCAUCUUUGGGACCAGAGUUGACAGUUCUAGUUCUUCCUCUUAUUAAACAUAGAAGACUCCUGCUUUCACAAUCUCGUUUCAGUAGGGUGGAUUUUUUAGGUUUUUUUAACCGAAAAACUGAAGUGUUACCCAGUUCAUGGACUCAUAUUGCGCUAAAUAAUUUUAUAUGAGCCUAGUGCACAUAGAUUUCAUUUAUAAUGCAGCCUCUUUAAUGUUUAGUCCCCAUUCAGUACUUAAUAUGGGAUUAAAUUAAAGUGCAGUAAUUCUGUAUGCACAACAAAUGAAACUGUAGCAGUAGCAAUUUAUAAUUUUGUUAUUAUUAAGGUUGUUCAGUGCUUUGAAAAUAAUUUAGGAAAGAAGCUUCUAUUGUAACGUGUAGCUACAAUAGUAGUAAUUACAAUUGUCCAAACAUGACUUUCCAAAGAUUUUUCUAUGGUGGCAGAGAACAGCCAUAUGAUCAUAAGAAAAUAUAUGAUUACUUUAAAAUGUAUUAAACAGGCACUAUCUUUAUGCAUCCAUGUGCUUUGAAGUUUUCUUUUGAAACUGAAUCCAAUUGUUACAAAUACCUGUUACAAAUGUAAACUAUGUUCAGAAAAACUUCUCUGUCUUCAAUAAAGCAGUCAAAAUGAA